AUAUUAUUAUAUUUAUCAUGAUAUCUAAUCAAAAUGAUACAUCUAUUACCAUUGAUCCUGACGAAUGUACAUGUUUACUCUACAAUCACCAACGAAAACGAUCUAAAUGGCAACUAUUCAUCAACACUCAAUUUGCAAGCUUAUUACCAUCUAUAACUUUAGGCAUUAUUCUUUGGUUUGGUAUCACACCUUCUGAAGAAUUAUCUCCAACAGCGAUCCAUCUAUUGGCUGUAUUCAUCAGUUGCAUUUUUGCUUUGAUGACAACCUCCUUCAGUCUUACAACUCUGGUGAUGACAGCUCUAGUGAUUUUAUCGCUAACUCAAUCUUUUCAAUGCAUCGAUCAUACUACUGGUGAAAGUAUUGAAUGUAGACUUUGUGGUACGCCCAAUACGGCUUUACUGGACAAACCCGACUUUGAUUGCCUAGGAGCUCAGGAAGCUUUUGCUCAUUCACUUGAAGGAUUUUCUAGUACAGUGGUUUGGUUGAUCUUUGCUGCAUUUCAUCUUGGCAAGGCGGUGGAGGUGACUGGAUUGGGAAAACGACUUUCUUUAUGGUUAGUACAAACAUUUGGAAAACAUAUCCUUGGACUGGCUUAUUCGAUUGUCUUCUCAGAAUUAUUUAUUGCACCAUUUGUACCCAGCAAUACAGCAAGAGGUGGAGGAAUCAUUAUGCCUGUAGUUUAUUCGAUUGCUAAAACAUUAGGAUCUACACCUUUACAAAAUCCAGAAAUUGGUGGAUUCUUGAUGUUAUUGGGUUCUCACGCUAAUUUGUUAUCCGCUUCCAUGUAUCUCACAGGAAUGGCUCCAAAUCCGAUUGUCUUGGCAAAAGCAAAUCAAUUAUUCCCAAAGCUAAAUUUUACCUUUAUGACUUGGCUUUCUGGUAGUAUGGUCCCUGCAUUACUCUGUGCUUUUUGUUUACCUUUGAUUCUCAAACGGUUGAUGAUUUCUUCUGGUCCUCGUUCGAAACAAACCUUCAACAGUGAGAUCGUUGUACAUGCAAGAAAGGAAUUAUCCAAUAUGGGUUCGAUGACAAGAAAAGAAAAGGAACUCUGCUUUGUUUUAAUAAGUUGCCUUUGUCUGUGGGUUACAGCUGGGUAUACACAAUUGGAUUCUACACUGGUGGCAUUGAUUGGUAUUGUUGCUUUGCUGCAUAUGGGAACAAUUACUUGGAAGGACGUAUCUACUAAUACAACAGCGUGGGAUACAUUAUUUUGGCUUGGUGGUUUUAUUACGAUUGCACAACAUCUUUCUAAUGCUGGAGCAUCUACUUAUCUUGGAGAUCAUAUUUCAGCAACCAUUACUGACUUAGGAUUACCUCCUGUACCAUGCUUAGCCUUGGCUUACUUUUUGACUACAUUUUUGUUUUCGUCAUUAAGUGCACACACUGUUGCUUUUGCAUCUACAUUUUUAGAAGCUGGUCACGCAUUAGGUGCUAAUCCAAUGAUUCUCACUGCACUUUUGGCCUAUUUUGGAGCUCUUGGAGGAUGCAUGACUAAUUUCUCUACAGGGACAGCUGCAAUGUAUUAUGCUCCCGGCUAUGUUUCCCGGUCCAAGUGGUUUGGUGUUGGAACUAUUCUUGCUCUGUUUUAUAUCAUUAUCUAUUUUACAAUUGGUAUGGGUUGGUGGAAACUUCUUGGUUGGUAUUGAUCUCUAUUUGAUAUAGAUGAUUAGAUUUAUAUAUUAUUAUUAUUAUAAUUAUUAUUGAUACCCCAUAA